CGCCCCCCCCGGACUUUUAGAACCGAAAACCGUCGAGAUUAGUAAGCAGCCACGGACGGCAGAGGCGAAAGGCUGGACAUGGCCGUAUCCGAGUCGUUCCUGUAGGCUACGUCGUUCACAUGCCAUCUGGACGAGCGGCAUAUCACUGUAUUUCAAGGAGAACUCUCACCUGACUGACUCAGCUACCCCCGAGGUAUGUUGUGUUAAAGAAACACCUAUGCAGGUGGAUCCUACACUAAUGAAUGUAGGGGAUGGAGGCACGGUGAGCAGAGAGAUCAGUGCUCCAAAUAAAGUGUCUGCUAGUAUGGUGGGAAAUCCCCCCCAGACGCUACCCCCUGAGUUUAGAGGAGAUGUUACCCUCAGUCAGCAAAACAAGACCACUCCAACAACAGACUGUAAGACAGCAAAAGCCUGCCUGGACAAUAGCAAUUAUAACCACAGCCCUGAGCCUUCUCCACCUCAACAGCCCAACAAUGCACCAACGUCCAGCUCAGCCCUCACUGGCUCAGAGAAGAGAGCAGACAAAAGGGCAGAGGCCCCUAAACUCAAGGCUGAUGGUGUUGUGGCCUUCCCCACUCCACAGUGGUCAAGUGGCGUAAAAGUCAGCCGGGAGGACUCACUCAACUCCUGUCAUAGCAAUGUGACAUCCAGCAAGAAAUCACACCCGCAAACACAAUCUGUGCAAAGUGUUUCACCUGGGUUUCAGUGCUCCACCAUGUUUAAACCAGUCCAGCCUGUUGCCUUCCUUCCUUCCACUAAUUUUCCCUCUCCACUUUGUAAAAUCACUCUUCCACCAGCAUUGGGUCAGAUUGCAGCAUUGAGAGAAGCCACAGCCAGUCAGUUUCACAAAGAAAUUCAGCCUCAAAGCUCAGGUGUUGGAGGGACACCUCUCAUGCGGACCUAUCCCUAUCCGUUCUCGGUAGGCCGAACUCCAGCGGCAGAGAAAAAAGCCGGCGCAUCAUCAUCAAAACUUAAAUCUAACCAUUCAUCUAAUAAGAAUGCCAAAUCUGUGGGAGAGCAUACAUCUUUAGCAUCAGUGGUAGCCUCACCAGCUAUUGCCCUACCAUUGCAGCACCCGUCAUUAACUCCUGCAGCACCCACCCGCUAUACGCUGUCUCCCACUGCUGCCAUUUGCUGUGGCUCUGCAUUGGCCAGCAUCACCUCUCAGAGCAGACUGCUGAACCAUGUGGAGAAAGGCAACAGCACAGACAAAACAACCAUGGGCUCUCUUAAAAUGACACCUCCCUCUGCUUCAGAGGACUAUACAGAUUGCUCAGUUGAACCAAGAGAUGUACCUCUUGAUUUAUCUGCUAAAUCAAAACGUCCAAAAUGCAUAAGUGACCCUCCUGUUUCGAUGAUUGAGCCUCAUAAUAAUGAGUCAAAUCAGAGAGAUUUUCUGAACUCAAAGAGGACUCAUUCUACAACUUAUAGCUCAGCUGUGCAAUACCCUAACUUACCCAACACUCACAGAAAUGGAUCCCAUCAAAAGCAAAUAAAUAGGCCUCAGAAUCACCAGGUCCCAGAGCCCAAACCAACCUGGAGUAAGGGAUCUUCACAAGACUCCAUAAAAAACAUCCCUGGAACUUAUGUAGGUGUGGCUAGCCCCAUACUGGCUUCUACUCUACGGGGCAAAGAUGGACAAGGGUCUUUUGCAGAUGAAUUUCAGAGUUUUGCAAAGCAGGAGUUUAUAUCUAUAAUUGACCAAGGAGAGCAUCUGGCCUCAGGAGGAAAGAAGCCAUCCUGUCUGGUGAACCAACAUGCUCACAGCGUCAAGCAUGUUAAAAACACCAGCUCAGCCAUAACUAAGAACUGUCCCUCUAAAGGAGCCCUAACAACUGCCCUGUCAAGCUCUGCCAGUGCUCAGACUCAUCAGAAAUCUGGUGCUGGCAAAACAGCAGUGCCGUACUCUAUCAAUGUUGUCAAUCCAGCUUGGCAGCAGCCACCUCUUCUUCCGCACCAAGCCUCGUCUGUUCAGAGAAAAAUCACACAAGGAUCUCCAAAGAUGAAGAGCAUCACAGCUACAGAAGGAUCUAAGUUUCAGAGUGCCCAGCAGAGCCCGUCCAAACCGGAGGAUGAUAAGUGGGAGAGAAUAAAGUCUCCCCUGUCUAACCUCGCGUCCAUCGUAAAGCAGCAAGCUCUCGAAACAACAGCACAGACAGGCGAAGGUAAUACUCAAGCCUCACCUGUCGCAUCAAGAAAAGCUGAUGUUCUGAAUCCACUCUCUGGGAGCCAAGACACCCAAUGCAAACAGACUUGUGCUUUUGAAUACCCAUCAUACUGGUCUGUGGAAAAAUGGGCUGGUGUGCCAUCUCAAGGGGAUUCAACUCAAGCUAUGAAGAGGCACGAGAAGGUGAACGCCACUGAGCCUGUAGAGAAUAAUACUGAGUUAAACACCAGCCAGGGAGAACACAUGGGACUACAAGCAAAGCAAGGCUCCUCAAAGCCUGCCGGCCAGUCUCAUCUCUUUGGGAGCAAUGCAUCAACAAAUGGGAACAGGAUGGAGAGCAAACUAGCCCAGGUGUUAGAGGGGGAGAUGUUGAAGAAAGAAAGUGGGGCGUCAGACGGUCCUCCGAGUGAAAAAUUGGGAGGCAUGGUUGCAUCAAUUCUUACAGGCCAGUGUGUGGCGGUAGGCGACAAGUUGGAGAAGAAAACAAAUGGAACCAAAGAGCAGUCGCCAACCAAAGCAAAAGCUGCUGGCUUCAAACAAAAGAAAACCAGUCCUAAGAAGGCAGCAAAGGAGAAGUCGCCACCGGACCCAUCAAAGAAGGCUGCAGGAAAGAAAAAGCAGGACACAGAAAAUACUCCAACCAAAGUGUCCUGUCAAAAGAAGCAAAAGAAACAAUGUGCACCUGUGCUGGAGCAGAGUCUAUCAGCGGUGAAACUUUCUCCACAGAGUACAGAGCCAACUCCGAGGGACAAGAUCAGUCCCAACAAGGUUGAGCAACUAACCCGCAACAAAUCAGAUAGCGGCAGCAGUGCUCUGGGUGAAGAGACUCCAGUGUCUCUCCGUCGCUCUGCUCUAUCCAGUAAGGAGGCCGAAGCUACAGGCAGCUCCAUCCCACGGCUGAGGAGAGGACGACGGCGAGCUGAUGAGGCUCGACUCGACCUCUGGGGCUUUGCAACACCUUCCCCUCCUCCCCCGCAAAUGCCACCUCACCCAGUUCCCCAGUCACCCCCCGUGACUCCCACCCAACCCGUUCGGCGUCCGAGAGGGAGGCCUCGCUCAAACCCCCUGCCUGAGCGAGUGAUUCAGGGCAAGGGCAAGACAGCCAGUGCAGAGGGUGACAUGCCUGCCCCCAAGAAACGCCGGCGAUGUCGUAGCAAAAAGUAUCAGACUGGGGAAUACAUCACUGAGAAAGACAAGUUGGAAGAUGGAGAGCACCUUGAAGAAUCUGACUCCCUGAGACAGAACCGCAGAGUCCCAGCAGAGCCACAGGCGCAUCAGUGUCCGAGUCCCACCGCCUGCAGUCCAGAGCCUCCUCCGCGGAGACCCUCGUUCACUCGCUCGGGAUCGGUCCGCUACCAGGAGAGCGAGGUAUCUCCAGAGUUCAAUGACAAGCCUUCAGGGAAGAGGAAGUUCAAAAGCAAGCACUUGAGUGACAAUGAGGAGCAAAAGAUUAAGACCAAACGCAGCAGCUUGGGCAAGCGCGCUGCCUCACUCGCCCUGGAUGAUGGUGGUGCUAAUGUAAAAAGACCAGAAAGCCCCCCACCCACUCCAAAAAGUUUGCCGUCAUCUCCAUCCAAUAAGAGAGGCUCAUUGGGGAGAUGCAACGGCUCAGACUCUCCACCAAAAAAGGCUGUUCCUCCGGAGGUUCGGCGGCUGAUUGUCAAUAAAAAUGCCGGGGAGACUUUGCUACAACGUGCUGCACGCUUGGGCUAUCAGGAUGUAGUUCAGUACUGUCUUGAAAAGGACGUCAGGGAGGUGAAUCGGCGCGAUAAUGCCGGUUACACAGCUCUCCAUGAGGCGUCCUCUCGAGGCUGGACUCAGAUUGUCCAGAUGCUGCUAAAACACAGCGCUGACGUCAACUGUAGCGCCCAGGAUGGGACACGGCCUCUUCACGAUGCAGUAGCGAGUGACAACCUUCCUAUAGUCUGGUUGCUCCUGAACCACGGUGCAGACCCGACUCUGGCCACCUACUCUGGACACACUCCAGUCAAACUGGCACAUAGUCCGAACAUGAAGACCUUCCUCACAGAAUAUUUCACAGACCUGGAAGGCCGCAAAGAACAGGAUCUCAGUUUUCCCUGGGAUUUCUACAGUAGCUCCCUGUUUGAGACUGACCAGGAGCCAUGCUGGGACUUCCUGCUGUCGGAGCAGAACCAGGAGCUGGAGGAGGAUGCAACAGGAAGGACUGAGCCGGACUCUGACAAAGAUUGCCUUCUGUUUGAGUUCUCCUCCGAGCCUCUCUUACCCUGCUAUCAUGUUCAAGUGUCAUUAACCCAGGGCUUUUGCAACUGGUUUCUUCUGACAGACGUCCUGAAGCGCCUGAAGAUGUCAGCGCGGAUCUUCCGGGCGCGAUACCCACACUUGGAGGUGGUGAGUCUGUCCCGUGCUGAGCUCUGGAGACAGGUAUCGAUCAGCCAGGUGAGCUCUGCUUUGGCUUCACCUUACAAAGGCCAAAAUAAGGAGGAGGAAGAGAAGGAAGAGGGACUUGUGGAUCUGGUGCGAUGUGUCCCAGAGCUGCAGAGACUACUUGGCUCCUCCAUUCACAUCCUGCAAGAGGAUGAGGAGGAUGAGGAUGAGGAGGAGGAGGAAGCGGAGGAGGAGGACGAGGAAGAGGAGGAGGAGGAGGAAGAGGAGGAGGAGGAGACACUGACAAAAACAGGGAAGCCUCGCAGCCGAUAGCCUCUCUUUCACUGCACUCCUCCACCGUGCAAACUGUUGUCAACCCAAGUCCUUCCCUGCAAGCAGCAGCUCAAAGGAAACCUCUCCGUCCGAUGAAACGAGGGUCAUGGGUUUUAACUCCAGCGACAGAAAUGACACUCCACCUAAAACCUUUGACCUCAGACAGAAGGGAUUAAGUGAUCACAAGGACCUGCACAUGGGAGUGGUCGGUUCAGCUUUCAGGUUCCUAUCAAUAGGUAUAUUUGAAUACAUGAGAACUGUUGAGCAAACCUUUUGUAUUGAUUAUGUAUGUACAUGGUAGUGUAUAUGUAUAUCUUGCCAUCAGGGUUACAACAUUUGUUUAUAUAAAUGUAUUCUUGUGGCUGAAGAAUUAUGUUGUUUAGGACUUUUUGUUUGAGUUUGUUCCCAAGGGAAAGCGAUAUUUUUUCGGGAGAUAAUCCAAGACUUUUAUCUUGGUGAACUGUUGCGUAAAGCUAAGACACUUAAGUCAGGGAGGCCACUGGCCCAGAUGGUUCCUCUGUCAACCUGGGAGACCUGGAGACCUGCAGAGAAGAGACCACUGCACAUAAUCAUGAAAUAUAAUGAGAGCCUCAUUUCCAUUUUUCUCCACUGUUUCACUUUUCACUUUAUCCUCCUCUAGCUUACAUUUUUUUUUUUUUUCUUCAACAUUUCACAAAGUAAGCGCGGGCAGCACGGAGCUGUCUAUGUCCCUGCACGCAGUAUGAAAUAAUGUCUUUUUGGACCUUGGGAUUGAGAGUUUGUUUACAGAGCUGGACAGAUAGUAGUGUUCUCCACUCCCCAGGUUGCACUCCUCCUAAACUGAUACAUAAUCCUUAUGGAUCUCUCUCAGAGGAAAAGUGGUACCAUCUCUGGAGUCCAGAGGCGGCUCCUGUGUCUGAGGAGCCCGAAACGCCCUCUUAACUGCAGCCACGUCUGUUGUGGUGUUCCCAGAUCCCAGAGUGCUUUGUGUUGCAGUGUUUUAUUUACACUGUUUGUUGUGCUUAAUUUAAUAGUCAUUAAUAUAUUUGACCUCUUGUGUAUCUGACAAGCCUAUCUAUGAAAAAAAAAUUGCUUUGUAUGGUUGGUGCUUCAUUUUGAAAUGUACUUAUUAGGAUCCCUUUAUUCUGAGAUUUUCCUCCCUCAUUCAAGAACAGUAUUUUAAAAAAGAGAAGCUAAAGUACAGUUGUAUUGUACUGGUGCUAAGACAGAUUUUGUGUUGACAAUCAAUGAUGUUUUGGUUUGAAGUCACAAACUAAUAAAAGAUAUUUAAGAUGAAGAGACUUAAGGUGUAAAGAAAAGUAUAGUUUAGUUAAAGAAAACGGGAUACAGCACGACUGAGACUGAGCAGUGUGUGAAGAGCCUUUUAUUUGAUUCUUUUAUAAGAAAUCAACAAGAAUAAAGCAUGAUUGUAAAUCAUAGUUAUUGCUUUGUUUUGUCAGUUGGAUUAUUCUAAUGAUAGCUGAAUUGAAUAUUCAGAGCGGAACUCUCCCUCAGGUGUAUUUCAAAUAAUCCCUUCUGCCUUAGACAUUUUACUGAAUAAAGACAAAUUAUACAAAGAUCCAUGAAAUUAUUG